GCUGCAGGGAUGGAGGUGAUGGACAGCUGCCAGUUUUCCCCUUCCGAGCUCUUCUACGACAGCUCCUGCCUCUCCUCACCGGAGGGCGAAUUCCCGGAGGAUUUCGAGCCCAGGGACCUGCCUCCCUUCGGCGGCUCCGAGCCCCCCGAGCCUGCCUGCUCCGAGGAAGAGGAGCAUGUCCGAGCUCCCACCGGCCACCACCAGGCCGGCCACUGCCUCAUGUGGGCUUGCAAAGCCUGCAAGAGAAAAUCCACGACGAUGGACCGGCGGAAGGCGGCCACCAUGAGGGAGAGGAGGAGGCUGAAGAAAGUGAACCAGGCUUUUGAGACCCUGAAGAGGUGUACCACUGCCAACCCCAACCAAAGACUCCCCAAAGUAGAGAUCCUGAGAAACGCCAUCAGGUACAUCGAAAGCCUCCAAGAACUCUUGAGGGAACAGGUAGAAAACUACUAUCACCUGCCGGGACAGAGCUGCUCCGAACCGACCAGCCCCACUUCCAGCUGCUCCGAUGGGAUGGUAAGAGAGGGGCAGGAGCGAUGGGGCAGGUCUCCCUCGGCCCAGAGUCGUGGGGCCAGUCCCAGAG